UUUGUCUUUUUCUUUACAGCCAAGUAUCCAGAGAUAAAAUCCUUGAUGAAACCUGAUCCCAACUUGAUAUGGAUUGUCAUUAUGAUGGUUCUCACGCAGUUGCUUGCGUUUUACUUAGUCAAGGACUUGGACUGGAAGUGGGUCAUAUUUUGGGCAUAUGCCUUUGGCAGCUGUAUUAACCAUUCAAUGACUCUGGCCAUUCAUGAAGUUUCCCACAAUAGUGCCUUUGGCCACUGCAAAGCCAUGUGGAAUCGCUGGUUCGGGAUGUUUGCUAAUCUUCCUAUUGGUGUUCCGUAUUCAAUCUCCUUUAAGAGGUAUCAUAUGGACCACCAUCGGUACCUCGGAGGCGAUGGUAUCGAUGUGGAUAUUCCAACCGAUUUUGAAGGCUGGUUCUUCUGUACCACGUUCAGAAAGUUUAUAUGGGUUAUUCUUCAGCCUCUCUUUUAUGCGUUUCGCCCUCUGUUCAUUAACCCCAAACCAAUUACUUACCUGGAAAUGAUCAAUACUGUGGUCCAGCUGAUGUUUGAUGUUGUAAUUUACUAUGUUUUUGGAGUUAAAUCUUUAGUCUACAUGUUGGCAGCGUCCUUACUUGGUCUAGGUUUGCACCCGAUUUCUGGACAUUUUAUAGCUGAACAUUACAUGUUCUUGAAGGGACAUGAAACAUACUCAUAUUAUGGACCUCUGAAUUGGCUUACCUUCAAUGUGGGGUACCAUAAUGAGCACCACGACUUCCCCAACAUUCCCGGAAAAAACCUUCCUCUGGUGAGGAAAAUAGCAGCUGAGUACUAUGACAACCUUCCCCACUACAAUUCCUGGAUAAAAGUACUGUAUGAUUUUGUGAUGGAUGAUACAAUCAGUCCCUACUCGAGAAUGAAGAGGCAUCAAAAAGGCAAGGUAGAACUGGAGUGAAUCAAGGUCAGCAGAGCCCAAGGAAUUCCUCUGUGAAACCCACGGUAGCUGAGAGGGUGAAAGUUUUGCGUUAUUCAACUAAGACUAGUGAUGUUCGAAGCCACCCUUACACAAUUUGGAAGUAUGCUCCCCUGGCAUCCAGAAGCUAACCUGGCUUCAGCCUGUCCAUGCAGCGUUCAGCUUUACUCACAGGAAAUGCGUUUGUUGUAUUUGCAUUGCUGAGGAUGUUUUCACUGACGUCUGACAUUUUGUAAGCAUAUCAUAAAAAAAGCUUUUAAAAAGCUAUUUCUUGUAUAUUAUUUUCACUAUGAAGUUUUACUUUAUUAAAAUGGCUAAUAACCUGAGCAGUUAAUCACAAUAAAUAGUAUUUAUCACA